AUGUCUGCUUUUACACGUCCAGCGGUCCGCUAUGCUGCCGUAGCGUCGGUCGCCGUCACUGGCGGCUACCUAGCAACACGAUCAUACAACUCAAAUGCCUUCGGCUGCACACAGGCACACGCCGAAUCAGCACCUUCUGAUGCCAAGGCCGCUCUGAAGAAGAUGCCAUGGAAAGGGUUCACAGAGUUGAAAGUCGAGAGCGUGGAAAUGGUCAACCACAAUGUGAAGAAGCUCACCUUUGCUUUGCCGGAUAACGAGACCAUUUCUGGCAUUGCCCCCAUCACCUCCUUGUUGACACAGCACACUCCUGAAGGUGGUUGGAUACCCGUGAUGCGACCAUAUACGCCCAUCAGUCCGAAUGAUACGCCAGGGCAAAUAUCAUUCAUGGUGAAGCACUAUCCCGGCGGCAAGGGCUCAACGAAAAUGCAUUCCCUGGUACCCGGCGACACCAUGAAGUUCAAGCCUUUAGCAGAACUCGACUACAAGCCUAACGAGUUCUCACACAUGACUUUCGUCGCUGGCGGUUCAGGGAUUACCCCUAUCUACCAACUGACACAAGCCAUUUUUCGGAAUCCGGAGGACAAGACCAAGGUCGCGCUACUGUACGCCAACAACACCGAGGAGGACAUUCUCCUGAAGAAGGAAUUCGAUGAAUUGGCCGAGAAGUUUCCGGACCGAUUCUCGCGGAUCUACACCGUGAGCAAAACCAGUAGUGAAGGCGAGGGACUCUACCACACGGGCUACAUCGACAAAGCCAUGUUGUCGAAGGUGAUGCCGAAUAAGAUGUCUGAGCGCAAUGUGAAAGUGCUGGUAUCGGGUCCUCCGGCGAUGAUUGAGAGUAUUGCGGGCGCGAAGGGCAUGGCUGGCUGGACACAGGGCAGUCUCGGUGGUAUUUUGGGCGAGCUUGGGUAUAAGAAGGAGGAGGUGCAUAAGUUUUGA